UAUAAUCGCGUCUCAGGCCGCCGGAGAUCUCGUUUUCCUUUAAUCCACCUUGGCGGAUCAUCAAGGAAGUCUCUGAAGAGGAAGAGAAGAAGACGUGAUAGCUAUGGCGGAGCACUUGGCGUCGAUUUUUGGGACGGAGAAGGACCGGGUGAACUGUCCGUUCUACUUCAAGAUAGGUGCCUGUCGGCACGGUGACCGAUGCUCUCGCCUCCACACCAAACCGAGCAUCAGCCCUACGCUCCUUCUCUCCAACAUGUACCAGCGUCCUGACAUGAUCACCCCAGGCGUCGACGGCCAGAGUAAUCCUCUCGAUCCUCGCAAGAUCCAGGAGCACUUCGAGGCUUUCUAUGAAGACCUUUUUGAGGAACUGAGCAAGUAUGGUGAUAUUGAGAGCCUGAAUGUCUGUGACAACCUUGCGGAUCACAUGGUUGGGAAUGUGUACGUUCAAUUCAGAGAAGAAGAGCAUGCUGCAAAUGCACUGAAGAAUCUGUCUGGAAGAUUUUAUGCUGGCCGUCCCAUCAUUGUUGACUUCUCACCUGUGACCGAUUUCCGUGAAGCCACCUGUAGGCAGUAUGAGGAGAACACAUGCAACCGUGGUGGAUAUUGCAAUUUUAUGCACCUGAAAAGAAUCGGCAGGGAGUUGAGACGCCAAUUAUUUGGAAGAAACAGGCAGCGUCGAAGUCACAGCCGUAGUAGAAGCAGAAGCCCUUACAGGCAUCGUAGUCAUGAAGGGCACUCUCAUGGUAGUCGUGGCCGUGGUAGGAAGUAUGAUGACAGGGAGCGUUAUCAUGAAAGUAGGAGCAGAAGGCAUAGAAGCACAAGUCCUAGCCAUAAGAGAGGACGAAGCAGGAGCCCUGGUGGAAAGAGAACUCGUAGUCCAGUUCGUGAAGGAAGUGAGGAGAGGCCAAUCUCCUCUCUAUAAAUACACACAUGAAGGAGAACCCACCCAAAUAUUAGCAGACUGGUCCCGAGCAUUCCAUCCAUUUUUGUGUUCUUUCAAUCAUGUCUGCAAGCUUUGCCAAUUGCUAUCCCAAUUGCUAUCACAAAUGAAAUGAUUUCCUCCUUCUGACAUUGAUAAUGGACUAAUGAUGGUAGACGUAAAUGCUGUUUUUUUUUUUUUAACAAGUACAAAUUUUAGGGACUGAGGAAUUAGAAUUUUGAACCAACAUCAUUCCCUUUUAAAUUUGACUAUUAGUCAGUUGACCGGUCAUAAGGAGAGUUGCAAAUACUUGUUCUAUUUAUUUUUCAUUUUUUACUUUUUUUUUUCUUGAAUCAAGGGAAAUCUUGAAG